AUGGCUCAGCUGCCGGUGCGGUUCCCAUGCUGGUGCCGAGCAGUAUAUUCCUGGGGCGGAGAGACUACAAGAGAUCUGGGAUUUGUGGAGGGUGACUUGAUCGAAUGCUUGAAUGCAGGCGAUGGACAAUGGUGGAUGGGUCGGUUGCGCCGUGACAGGCGCGCGGUUGGAUUGUUCCCGUCAAAUUUUGUCGAGCUUCUGAGUGAAGACUUUGUGCCCGUGAGCCGUGAUACUACUAGUCCAAUGAUGCUAGCAGGAUCUUCUCCGAUCAACAAUCCCACAUCAGCUCCCAAGAAACAGAAGACCGUCUGGCGGAAACCAUUCCAGGCGCAUAAGGAAGCCGUGUCACCAGCUUCUGUCGCUCGGCGCGCAACCGAAUCUAGCCCAGCGGCACCCGCGAUUCCCCAAACACCACCUCGGGAUGGCGGCAUUCCACGAAGUACGAAGCCAUUGCGCACGCAUGCGACAGCAGUCAAGAACCAAGGCUCCUUAUCUCGACCCACAUCAUCCGCAUCGCGGCCUUCGUCACGCGGUGUCUCUCCUAGUUCGUCUGCGGAGCCUGAACGGUCACCGUCGAUGCUGCCAAGGGGAAGCGGAUCAUCCUCUCGGCCUUCAUCUCGCGAGCAAUCUCCAUUACAAACCCAGGAACGUUCAUAUGCGAUGACUCCGAAGGGCAGCUUCUCAUCUACCCGCCUUUUAUCCCGCAAUACGUCCCCCUUGCCAACAUACGAACAUUCGUCUGGCAUGGUUACACAAGGCAGUAUCCCAUCUUAUCGGGCUUCAUCUCGUGAGCCAUCUCCGUUGCAAAUGCAGGAUUAUCCGCCCCCGACCAUGCCACAUGGCAGUAUUUCAUCUUACCGGGGCUCGUCGCGUGAGCCAUCUCCAUUACAAAUGCAAGAAUAUCCGCCCCCUACGAUCCCCACUGGGAGUAUGUCAUCCUAUCAGGCACAAUCGCGUGAGCCAUCGCCAAUGUAUAUGGAGGACCAUCCACCUGCGACAAUGCCACAUGGUAGUAUGUCAUCUUACCGGGCUCCAUCGCCAUUACAAAUUCAAGAUUAUUCGUCUGCGAUCGUCCCACACGGGCGUAUCCCAUCUUACCGGGCCUCAUCGCGUGGGCCAUCUCCGCUACCAAUGCAGGAGCAUUCUACGAUGGUUCCACAUGGUAGUAUGUACCGGGCUCCAUCGCGGGGGCCGUCUCCAUUGUAUAUGGAGGAUCAUCCACCUGCACCCAUGCCACAUGGAAGUAUGUCCUCCUACCGGGCCCCAUCACCAUUCCCAAUCCAGGAACAUCCAUCUGCGCUGGUCUCUCGCGGGAGUAUGUCAUCUCAUCGUGCUCCGUCCCGUGAACCGUCUCCGGUGCAAAUGCAUGAAGAGCGGGAAGACUCUCCCCCUCCCCCUCCGCCACCACCACACCGAGUCGUCAUGGGUCGUACGAACUCCCACUCUCCUCAGCCGCCAGUGCAUUCCCAGACACGAAGUCAUUCGCCGUUACCACCCAUGCACUCAUCCCAGCAUCGCGCACACUCUCCUAACCCGCCAUCACAUUAUCCACGCCCAUCACGAUCCCCCGCGCCAUUAGUUAUGAAUGACCGUUACACAAUAUUCAAUCGAACCCCAUCUCCGUCUGCAGCCUCGAUGGACUCCGCUGUUUCUGCGACCUCAGCACAGUCAGACAUUCAAAGAAAUACACCAUCUCCGCUCCGAGAUGCCAUGGAAGAUGUUAUGACUUCAUUGGAAGACAUGGGUCUCCCUCGACAAGCCCAAUCGCCUUCUCCGUCCCCAGUGUUCAACAAUCCCUGGGCCCCUGAAGAAUUUGACACCUCGAACGAAAGGACUCCUCAAGGUAACAGACGCCGGCCUUUGACGUCAAUGGGCUUUGAUGGAGACAAAGAGCAACCACAGGGCGGACUCGUCCACCGCAACAGCGUUUAUAGCCAUGACCACAUGGAUGGUCCGCCUCAACUGAACAAUUAUGUCCAAAGAAUGGAGAGCCGCCUACGUCAGCUGGAAGAUCAGAAUCGACCGUCUGAUGAUCGAAGAGCCGGUCAGGACGACGACAACGGACCUCCUCCCCCUCCUCCAAAACAUGCCACCUACCAUCCGCGAAAUAAUUCUAUACCGGGACAAUAUGCUCCCCUCAAGGCCCGGCGUUCCGGUCAUGAUCUUCGGGGUGACAUUCUGAACCGGUCAUUUACCAAUAAGUCUAGUGCCACCAAUUCUUCCAGCGGGGUACAAAGCAAUGGCACAUCCAUGACGACGAGCACAGACAAGACCAGUCAAAGUGUUAUGAGUGGGUUCUCUGCAGGGGGAUUCAGUGCCACGAGCGCGGGGAGCUUUGCCAGGCGAGGCGGACAUGAGAGGCCGAAUACUGCUAUGGACACUGUCCGCUCUCGAGGGUUCAGUGAUGUACGCCCGGAGACACCUUUCACCGGUGUUUCGUAUCACUCCAGCCAUAACUCGUCUCGCCAGGGUGCAUCGUCGGCCAUUCCGUGGUCGUCCACCGGUCUCGACUCGCCGGAUCAUAGCGGAGUAUUUGGUGGUCUCUCUACGCCAAAGAGCAAAAAGCAAGGAUUUUUCAAAAAGAUAUUUGAAACAGCCAAGACUGGUGCAGCCAGCGCAAGGAGCAGCAUUUCCGUCGGUCACGGUGAGAGAGCAAAUUCUCCAACUAAGAGCAACAGAGGGAUAGACGUCGUGUCACCGGCUCCUACGUCUCACUCGAAUCGCGAUAGUGGUCGUGAAUUGGGACUCGGAACCGGAGCGAUUGACUGGGUUCAGGUGCGCCGAGAUGUUAACCGAGCGUCGUCUCCUAGUCGAAAUGAAAGGAUCGAUAGAGCAGAGCGAUGCCAGAUGAUGGACCACCCUGUUAUCUACUCCGUGGAAGAGCUAUACGAUACCGCGGAGGGCGAUGAAAGCAUCGAUGGGCAACCCAUCACCGAACCAACUAAUUUCCACGCGGCCAAUCUUACCCUCGUUGAUAAGAGUGCACGCUUCAUCAGCAGUCUACCUCCAAUGACGAACCCCAUGAGCCUCGCGCAAGCCUAUAUUUGUCGACCCUACAAGAGUGACGUUCAGCGUCUUCGGGCCAUCUUUACCUGGGUCAGCGAGAAAAUAUCGUGGGAGGAACCUGUCGACGGCCUCGAAGUUGACAUGAAGAGACUUCUGCAGGCCAAACGAGGUACCCCAGAGGAAAUCGCACUAUUGGUGCACGAGAUGUGCGCAGCCGUUGGCCUGCAUACAGCCAUCAUCCGAGGAUUCCUUAAGAGCCCCGGUGACGCCCUUGACCUGGAAAGCCUCUCCCGUCCCAAUCACUGGUGGAACUCUGUUCUGGUCGAUGGCGAAUGGCGCUUUAUGGAUUGCGCACUUGCAAACCCCACGAACCCUCAGCGCAGUAAAUUCGUUUCAAACAACUCUUCCAUAGCGGAGAGCUGGUACUUCCUUACGCGCCCGCUUGAUCUCUGCUACACUCAUGUCCCGCUCUACCCGGAAGAACAGCACAUUUGCCCGCCAAUUUCACCAGAUGUUCUGCUUGCCCUGCCCACCGUGUGCCCGCCAUUCUUCAAGCUUAACGUCCAGAUGCCGGAUUAUGACACAAGUUUCCUCCGUAUCGACGGGUUGGAGGUCAUGCAACUACGCAUGAUAGUCCCUCCCGAUGUUGAAUGUGCCGCGGAAGUCGAAGCCCCGGGAUUCGCCCGCGACGCAGAUGGCGACUUCUUCGAAAGCGGAGACAUUGUGCGCAAGCGCGCCUUGGUCCAGCCGGAUUGGAUCCGCGGACAAAAACGUAUCACAAUCAAGGCUGUACUGCCAGGCGACGAAGGCCAGGGUGUCCUGAAGAUUUAUGCAGGCAAGAAAGGGCUGAUGCACUCAAGCCGAGACAUCCCCCAUCCUCUAGCCUUAGCCCUACCAAUGAUCCACACUGGCGAGAAUCCAUCUUACGACUUUGUCUUGCGUCAUCCUACACCCCACGCUCAGCGACAUGACUUGUACAUCAUGCAGCCGCAAUGCUCUCGCCUCGCAGUCAACAAUACCUUUGUGUUCGCUGUCCGACAACACCCUUCCGCUCCCGCAUCCGCCAAGGAUGAGGCCGCCUCCAAUGGCCGUGGCUCGCCCUCGUCUGUCUUCACUCGUCCUUCCAGUGCGUUGAGCAUGGUGUCCAGCACAGCGGGAGGCUCGACUGUAUCGGGCGCCUCCAACGAGUUCUCAGCGUCGACCUCGGUCAUUUCGUCGACCAGAUCCGCUUCUGCGCGAGACAAGGCUGCGAAAUUAGCCAUCCAGUCCCCGUCCGGCAAGAUCCUUCGUCUCACUCGUAAAGCUGAACACAUGAUCAGCAGUGAUACUGGCACCGAAUCUGUCACCGAUGCCGUUGCUGAGGGUAGUGUUUGGGAGACGGUCAUCAAGAUCGGUGAGCGUGGUAUGUGGCGCGGUCUUGUGCUAGCUGACCGAGCUGCGCGCUGGUGUGUGUUUUGCGAGUGGGAGUGUGUUUGA